CUUCUGUACACACUGAACAUAAUACUCAAAGCACAGCACAACAUUUGAAUUAUCCAAAUAAAUAUCUGCGCAUGCGAAUGACACGUCAUCCCUUGAACCCGGUAGAGACACGUCAGCAAGUUUGCCAAUGUAAACACUGACCCCGCGCUCUUUGGAUUAUAACUCCGUCAGCGGGAAGUGAAGAAAUUUGCGGAACUGUAAGUUUAUUGUGAACUCCAAAAACAAACAGUGGUACCACAAGAGUAAAAUUAUGUUGGGAAAAUCAUUGACGAGUAUUUUCCUGCCGUCAGUUGCCGCGUUAUACGUUCUGAGUUUUAAACUGGAAUGUGUGAACGGACAGGGCUACAGCUACAUGUACGUGGAUCGAGUGCUGCACUCUUACGGCAGACAGCUCCAGUGGACCUGGUGUGUGGACAUCAGCGACCAACUGUCGGUCUCAGAGAGGAACAGGCUCUGUGGCGAUCCUGACGGCGACAUCCAAGUCGACCAUGCAGACGUACGGGUGGAGAUGGCGGAGUUUUGGCGGGAACAGUCGCACGACGGGUCCCUUCAGGAGAUGAUGUUGGACGAGAACGCUGACGAACUGGACCAGGAGGAGAGACCGGAGAUACUCGCCAUGUUACCGGACCUCAAAGGAAAACGUGUCCUGGAGCUCGGUGCUGGCAUCGGCCGUUUCACCCCGAGUCUGGCCAGGCAAGCUGAUCACGUGACGGCCGUAGAUUUCAUGGAAUCCUUCAUCAAGAAAAACGAAGAGGCGAACAGACACCUGGGUAAUAUAAACUUCCUGCAGGCUGACGUCACAAGGCUUGAUCUGCCACAGGAAAGCGUUGACGUCGUGUUCUCCAACUGGUUAAUGAUGUACCUGGCGGACGAGGAGGUCUCUGCACUUGCCGCUAAAGUCUUGUCUUGGCUGACUGAAGGCGGUUACUUCUUCUUCAGAGAAUCUUGCUUCCAAAAGUCUGGGAAUAAGAAGCGUUCCUUCAACCCCACCUUCUACCGUUGCCCAGCGGACUACAGUGCUAUAUUCUCAGCUGUGACGCAGGACGCCCGCUAUGUUUACGAGGAGCAGUUCGCCGGACGAGCAGUAAAAACGUACAUCAAGCGCAAGAAGAACGAGAACCAGCUGUGUUGGCUGCUGAGGAAAGUCCGUCGGGAUGGUUCACACGAAGUCAAGUGAUAACAACUAAUUGCUGCCUGGGGCCUCUGUGUACAUCUUAAACCCUGUGUAUGGGCGUGCUGAAAUGUAUACAGAUAGAUUUAGAAGCAGUUUGUAUCCGAAAAAAAAUCUUUUUAAGACCCCGAUAAUGAUAUAGAACGGAAUUGAUCUCGAUUCGCGAAUCCUGGUAUGGUGAUAUUGGUAGUCCUUCGUUGGCGUUGCCGAAGAUAAUUGUCUUCUAAUCAUAUCUUCUACACACAGACGUCCACGCGUUGCAUUUUGCCAUCGGUGGUCUGUUGUCAGGACCGUGCUAUAGAUGCCGUCCUGUGGCAUCUUGUAUUUUUAGGGGGCGAUUUUCAACAUAGGUCUCCAUGCUGAGAAUUAUGGGAGUUUCGUGGCAUCUGUGUGCGGUGAACCCGACCAGGUUGAGGAACCGCCUUGGCCAAUCUUAGCCCUUUAAUAGUGCUACGCAAGUAAUGAACGCCGCUAUUUCAGCAGUCGGGCAGAGAGGCUACUGCCUCUUAUCCCCCUCGAAAGCUGUUGCUCGUUCGCAUCCCUCUAGGCUGUUCGUUUAGCAGCUGAUAACUCCAGUUGGGAUGGUUGAAUGUGGCAACAUAUCAUUUACGAAUUCGAUCUGCUAGGUGAUCAUGCAAAUAGAUGCAAUCUUUGAGCUGGUGAGAUAGACAAGAAUUUUACGAAUCCAAGACAACGUCGUAAGAUAUAGUUUGCCUGCAAAAACAGACAGACUGCGUGUGUUGAUCUUUGUUAUUUCUUAUUCAAUAAUGGCUGCCGUGAUUUUCGUUUGUUAUUUCUGAUUCAUUGACGCAUUACUCUUGCUGCCGUGAAUAACGUACCCGAAAGCAUUACUGAUACGGUUGUGUCAGGACCUGAUUUGUGCAGGAUGUAAAUUUACCUACAUUUACGUUAGACUGACCUAAAUUUACGUCAGGCUUACCCUAGGUCUUCUGCAAAAUAAUAGAUAUAUGUAUGAAAGGUUUAUUCACUCAUCACUUCAUUGUAA